CAAAUGUUUAAAUACUGUCACCCACCAGGCCACGUUUUCAACACUCACCAUUUAUAUACACACACAUAUACAUAUCAGUCAACAAAACACCACAACUCUCUUCAAUUACGACGGAGUCUACAACAACUCUAACCCUAACUAAUCUAUAGAUUCCGUAGGUCUUCUGGUCCUCAUUCAAAUCAAUGGCGGUCUCGAAGGUUCAUAUCCUUCUCCUGUUAUCGCUUUUUGCCCUAAUCUUCACUCCGAUUAGAGCUGAUGAGUCCGGUGACGGAGUUGUUGUUGUUGGAUCUGAUGAUUCUGAAGCGUUUCGAAUCGAAUUGGAAAAGCUCACAUCGAAGAUCCAGUCACUUGAAUCACUUGUUCACAAGAAGAGUGAAGAGUUAAGAAGUAAAGAUGAGAUCAUUGCUGCGAAAGAGAAAGCAGUUGCGGAUAAGGAGAAGACAAUUAAAGAGAAAUCGGAUAACAUUGCUUCGUUGCAAAAUGAUGUAGCUUCUCUUAAGGUUAAAGGGUCUUCGGAUGCUAAGGAGCAGGUGCAAAAGGCUAACAAGCGAUCGCAGGAGUUAGAGAAGCAGGUGGAGAAACUACAGUUGGAAUUGGACCUUAAGGCCGGUUUAAGGGAAGUCAUGGAAACUCGAUCAAAAGAAUUGGAGAAGAAGAUGCUUGAAACAAAUUCCAAGAUUAAGGAUCUUCAGCAGACUAUUGAAGAACAGAAGGCGAAACUUCUUAAAACUGAGCGUGCUCUUAAAGUUGCUGAGGAGGAACUUAUGAAGACUAAGAAUGAAGCUGCACAGAAAAUCAAAGAAUUGACAGAGGUUCAUUCUGCAUGGUUGCCACCUUGGCUUGCAGCCAGUUUGUCAUCUAGUCAGUCUUAUUUGGAAGCUCAUUGGAGUAAGCAUGGAAAACCUGCUUUUGAUACUUUCACAAAGAAGACUUUGGAGAAGAAGGCACAAGCCGAAAAGUGGGCUGAACCUCAUAUAGACACGAUCAAAACUAAGUGGAUUCCUGCUGCAAAGGAACAAUGGGUGAUUGUCAAAACUAAUGUUGAGCCACGUGUGCAACUAUUGACCAAAAAGACCAAAGAGGUCUAUGCUCAAUCAAAGGAGGCUGUCACUCCACAUGUGAUUAAAAUAAAAGAAGUUGUAGACCCUCAUUUCCAGGUGGCAAAGAAGUUUUGCAAGCCGUACAUUGAUCAGGUUGCUGUUGCAACAAAACCUCAUCUUGAUAAAGCACAGGAAGCGAUGAAGCCCUACACGAAUCAGGCGGUUCAAGCGUAUGCUCAGUUUCUUGAAUCUGCAACUACAUACCAUAAUCAGGUUCAAGGAACUGUUGAAGAAUCGCUGAAAAAACAUGAACUUACAGAAUCUCUUGCAACUAAGGAGUUUGUAUGGUUUGCUGCCUCCGCUUUGUUGGCACUGCCUGUCAUCAUUUUAUUCAGAGCUUUAUCAGCCAUCUUUUUUGGGACCGCUAAGAAGCCCACUAAAACUAGCAAGACAAGCCAUACACGUCGCAAGGCUAAACGAGCACAUGCAGAUAAGUAGUGAGACAGAAAGCCGAUAUGCUCAUUUUACAUGCAUUUUAGAGCAGAAAUUCUCCAUUCAUGGAGGUCUUACUUGUGUUUUCCGACAGCUGCUAUUUACAGACGUCAUCAAAGUUUGCUUCACAUAGAAGAAGAAAGAACAGAAAGAUAAAAAUGGUGUUUAAGAAGUAGGUUAGUACGGACAUGUGUGUAUCAUGAGUGUUUAAUUAUUGUAGUUUAUCUACUUGUACCUUAUAUUUCAAAGCCUUCUCAUUUUGACAUUUUGGUGAUUGCGAUUCAUACUUGAUAACCUUCGUUUUCUCUGUGUUCUUAUUGAGAUGAGAUAGGUUGUCUGUCUUAA